UCCUCGCGCCAGGGGUUGGUUCUGAAACCCGCGUUGUUCAGUGCUGGCGGAGUCGGUGGAGUCAGUGGAGGGGCGACAGAAUGAGCGAGGCAGACGGGCUGCGGCAGCGCCGGCCCCUGCGGCCGCAGGUCGUCACGGACGAUGGCCAGGUCCCGGAGGUCAAGGAGGGCAGUUCCUUCAGUGGCAGAGUUUUCAGAAUGACCUUCUCGAUGCUGGCUGUGUCCCUUGCCAUUCCCCUACUUGGAGCCAUGAUGCUGUUGGAAUCCCCCAUAGAUCCUCAGAGUUUCAGCUUCAAAGAACCCCCUUUCAUGUUUGGUGUUCUGCAACCAAAUACGAAAUUGCGGCAAGCGGAAAGGCUAUUUGAAAACCAACUUAGUGGACCAGAAUCCAUAGUCAAUAUUGGGGAUGUGCUGUUUACUGGUACAGCAGAUGGCCGAGUUGUAAAACUUGAAAAUGGAGAAAUAGAGACCAUCGCUCGGUUCGGUUCCGGCCCUUGCAAAACCCGAGAUGAUGAACCUACCUGUGGGAGACCCCUGGGCAUCCGGGCAGGGCCCAAUGGGACUCUUUUUGUGGUUGAUGCAUACAAGGGACUGUUCGAAGUAAAUCCUCAGAAACGUUCAGUGAAACUGCUGCUGUCCUCUGAGACUCCCAUUGAGGGCAAGAAAAUGUCCUUUGUGAAUGACCUCACUGUUACUCGGGAUGGGAGGAAGAUUUAUUUCACGGAUUCCAGCAGCAAGUGGCAGAGACGAGACUACCUGCUUCUGGUGAUGGAGGGCACUGAUGAUGGGCGGCUGUUAGAGUACGAUACUGUGACGAAAGAGGCGAAGGUUUUGUUGGACCAGUUGCAGUUCCCUAAUGGAGUUCAGCUCUCUCCUGAGGAAGACUUUGUUCUGGUGGCAGAGACAACUAUGGCCAGGAUACGAAGAGUCUAUGUGUCUGGCCUGAUGAAAGGAGGGGCAGAUAUGUUUGUGGAGAACAUGCCUGGAUUUCCUGACAAUAUCCGGCCCAGCAGCUCCGGCGGGUACUGGGUUGCUGCUGCAACCAUUCGUGCCAACCCUGGGUUUUCCAUGUUGGAUUUCUUAUCUGACAAGCCUUUUAUUAAGAGAAUGAUUUUUAAGCUUUUCAGUCAGGAGACAGUGAUGAAGUUUGUGCCACGAUAUAGCCUGGUCCUAGAAGUCAGUGACAGUGGUGCCUUCCGCAGAAGCCUGCAUGAUCCUGAUGGACUGGUGGUCACCUAUGUGAGUGAGGCGCAUGAACAUGAUGGAUACCUGUACCUGGGCUCCUUCAGAUCUCCAUUCAUCUGCAGACUCAGUCUCCAGUCUAUUUAGCCAGCCUAGCAGCUGCCCGCACUGUGCAUGCCAGGAAUCAUCACACUCAGUCACAUAGGUCUGGAAGGAGCCACGGACAUAGCUCUGUCCCUGUGUUCCUGCUAGUCCUUGGAAGUGUGAGAGUAGCUGCUAUCACCUGGAGGAGGUAUGGACCUUACCCAUACUUUCACCCAAGAGGUGCCUCUCACCUGGACUUGUGUCAUUUUUAGAGGGAAAUAGUGUUUCUGCUAUGGGGAAGACAAAUCAUGGAAAGCCAUUUCUCUUUAAUAAAAAUGCUAAGUACAAGAAUUCUCUAGUACUUGGAAAAUCUAAUAUACUUGUUACUGGGCUCAGGGUUUGAUGAUUAGAGCAGAGGAUUCGCUGUGCAGGGACCUUUGUAUUGUCAUUGGUCUAUUCUGACACCUUCUGUAUCUUCAUUCUAAAGUGGGGUUAUGCUUUUGGGAGUGGUGUGGUGGGGUGCCAUGGAAGUGGUAAUGCAUGUGUUGAGGCAGAGAUUAUUCAAGCUGAAACUUGUUCUCAGGGGCCAUGUGAGAUGUGUGAGAAUGCCUGGCCUCCUGGUACUCCUCCACAGUAAAGUUGUGCACUCCCACCCUCUAGAAGCCUCUUCCCAUGCCAGAGGGUUUUCAAGCCCCCUGUUUUAGUGGUUGGCAGGAUUUCAUCGGGUUCUUUCUGACUGCUUUCUCCACUGGGACUGGGCGACCCAGUGAGUUUGUACCUGCGCAGGGCUGUCUUAGAAAUGCUCUUUGAUGGCUUAAUUCCUUUAGACCUACAGAUGUGAUUAACGAACUGUUGAUGUAAUGUUUGUGCUAAUGUAAGAAGCUCAAAGUUGCUUAUUUCUUGGCAAGUAUGUUUAUACACUGGUCUUAAUUUUGAUAAUAAUAAAUCAUGUUAAACCCA